AUGAAUGAGCAUGCAAGUUCUGAUGAGGACCCAGAUGUACCACCUGACUUGGAAAAUGAAGUUCAAUCUACCAGCACCCUGGUAACAACAUCCACCAAUACUCAGAUCAUUAGUACUGUAAUGGAUCCAAGUCUGGCCUCCGCUUCUACUAGUGCUAGUUCUGCAGCAGCUUCAAGGAUAUCUAAUCGUGUGCCUAAGACUAAUAUCACGUGGAAAACGAAAACCCUGAACAUAAAUGAAGACCAACUACGUUUUCUUGGACCUGAGAAGUUACCCCCAGAAAUACUUUGCUUAGAUACUCCAUUUGAGGUAUUUUCGUAUCUGUUUACUGAAGAAAUUAUCAAUUUUAUAAGAGACCAGACUAAUAUAUACCCUGUUCAGAAAGAUGCUAAUAAACCAGUAAAUGCUACUAGUCAAGAAAUACGUCAAUUCAUUUGA